CCUAUAUCGUCAGUCACACUCAACAAAACGUGUGUCAAUUGAUGUUAACCGUGCUAGCGUUCACGACUAGGUAUCUCUAUUCGUCGUAUAAGCCAUAACCAAAGCUUUGGCCGUCAUAACGACAUAACGUGAGCAGAGGUAUACCCACAGCUCGUAGAUCGUGAUGGAGAUGGAUUUCGGUAAUGGCCGCGGUAGUGGACGGUGCUGGUGGUGAUGUUCACUGAUCUCGUGUUCGUGCUACAGGUUGUUUUCGUUUGAAGUAUAACCGUAGUUUCAUUCAAUAAAAUCCUUCUAUCAAACGUCGUCGAAAUAAUAAAUGUCCGAGAUGCCACGAUUUCAUAAGAUAGAAAUCAAUAGAACGGAAUGGGAAGUUCCGGAACGUUAUCAAAUGUUAACACCAGUUGGCUCAGGAGCUUACGGCCAGGUUUGUUCAGCUGUAGAUACAACCAAUGGGCAAAAGGUUGCUAUCAAAAAAUUGGCAAGGCCGUUUCAAUCGGCAGUACAUGCCAAAAGAACAUAUCGAGAAUUACGUAUGCUGAAACAUAUGAAUCACGAAAAUGUGAUUGGCCUGCUCGAUGUAUUCCAUCCAUCCACAUCGCUUGUAGAUUUCCAGCAUGUGUAUUUAGUAACACACUUGAUGGGAGCUGAUUUGAACAAUAUUGUGAGAACUCAGAAGCUAAGCGACGACCAUGUACAAUUUUUAGUCUAUCAGAUACUUCGUGGCUUGAAAUAUAUUCAUUCUGCAGGAAUAAUUCACAGGGAUUUGAAACCGUCAAACAUUGCCGUUAACGAAGAUUGUGAGUUGAAGAUCUUGGACUUUGGUUUAGCACGGCCAACAGAGAAUGAAAUGACGGGAUACGUGGCAACCAGGUGGUACAGAGCUCCUGAAAUAAUGCUCAACUGGAUGCAUUACAAUCAAACUGUUGAUAUUUGGUCCGUUGGAUGUAUAAUGGCUGAACUACUAACUGGCAGGACACUAUUCCCAGGAACAGAUCUCGCGGUUUGCAAAGACUUGCGUAUUAUCAGUGAAGCCUUAGCAAGAGCAGAUAUUCAUCAGUUGAACCUUAUUAUGGAGAUUCUGGGGACUCCGCGAGAUGAGUUCAUGCAGAAAAUAUCAUCAGAGUCUGCUCGAAAUUAUAUACAGAGUUUACCACCGCUUAAAAAGAAGGAUUUCAAGGAAGUAUUUCGCGGAGCAAAUCCUCUGGCAAUCAACCUAUUGGAACUAAUGCUAGAGUUGGAUGCUGAAAGAAGAAUAACAGCAGAACAAGCUUUGGCACAUCCAUACCUUGCUCAAUACGCAGAUCCUACCGAUGAGCCUGUAUCUUUACCCUAUGAUCAGAGUUUCGAAGACAUGGAUCUACCUGUAGAGAAAUGGAAGGAACUAGUUUACCACGAGGUUGUGAAUUUUGUCCCACAACAGUUGCCAGCAUCAGCUGCUGAGGGGGAAUCGACAUCCUAGGAUGAAAAAUAGUUUAUCAAAGUGAAUUAAUUUUAAGGCGGCAAUCAUAGAAACUGAAUGCGUGGAACAUCUGUCGCUGUAAAUAAUCCAUAAUUAAGGUCGAAAAAAUAGUGCAGAUAAUUAUGAAACUUAUUUUUGUGUACCACUUCCCUAAAUUAUUGAUAUGAACGAAGUAUUGGAAAGUCGUUUAUAUUGAUUAUAAUGUGUGCCCAUUUCAUCUUAUUGUCACGAGUACCUUUGCUACAAUUUACCCAUGAGGGAUGAGCAUUGUUUAGGUAAUGUUAAAAGAUCUAAGAACUGAUGGUUGGUAUAUUUAUGCCAGCACAGAAAUGGAAAACCUUGACCCAUCUGUAUAUGUAAAGGGUGGUCAUAUGGGAAUGUAACAAACAUCAUUACCAAAAUAAUAUUCAACAAUUACUAUUAUUUUUUUUCCCCCUUAACGAAAGACUACGCAAUAAAGUAAAUUUUUUAAGAUCAAACUAAGUUGAACGCUUUUCCUGAAGAUAUUAUUGGUUAUAUUUCUCAGAAUUUGUGUAUCAAAAUUUUGCAUAAAUCAGAACAAAACUUGAAGUCAAAGGAACUAAGAUGGUAUGGACAAAUGAAUAGAACUUGGGCAAGUGACCAGAUACAUGAAUUCAUUGAAAAUUUACAUAUAACGAACUACCAUUUGCAUCACUGAAACAUUAAAAGCGUAUCCAAUUUACUUGAAGUAGAACAGCCAAAAUAAAACUUACUUCGUGAGUAAUAUUAUGCUAAAUCUGGUAAUACUUUAUCCGUGGAAUUUAGAUCAACGUUUUGAAUUUGCAAAAUAAGUGUCGUGUACAACUUACAGAUAAGCAAAGCAGACAAACCGUACAGAUACUUCACUGUAUAGUUCACUAUGGCGGAAUUUGUAGACCUAAAUACCAUGACUCGAUGUUAUAAAAAUUCACGUCUUUUAUGAAUUAAAAUGCUGGCACCUGGUGUUGGAAAAAAUGUGCUAUUUCAUAGAAAUUCAUUAUUUUUAAGAUUCAAGAACAAUCUAUCGAAGUGGCCUGAAAGGCAAUCAUACAAUACAUGUUGAUUUUCAGUUUUGUUCAUCUGUGACAUUUAUAGAGCGCUACGUGUACUAUUCUCGUUAAGGAAUAGCGCCUCACUGGUGCAAAAACAACAAAAAUAUGAUAUGACUGUGUGCGAGUGAUUUUUCAUAAUAGAAUCAAAUUAAAAUUACUUACAAUUUGUAUAGAGCAGCACUUUUGAACCAAUAACUAGCUGCACUUGUAUUAUUUCAUGUUUAACAAACUUGUUCGUUGAAAAGUAAACUAAAAUAUAUAAUAAUAUGGUUAAGGUUGCGACAAAGCUCGUAUGUAUAUACAUACAAGAUUGUACAUGUAAUGUACAAGAUAAUAUAUAAUGUAUUGGAAUUUGAUUCGGCGAAUUUGAAAUGCUAAAUAAAUCUGUUAUAUGGUUGUA